AUGUCUGGAUUAAAUCCUUUCCGCCCUAGGAAACCAGAGGAUCCCGCAGGCCAUCACCUUCCAUCAUCCCAAUCGACUCCUUCUAAUUCAUACUUCUCUGUACCCUCAAAAGCUGCCGUCGUUGAUAUCUCCUCCCAUCCGAAUGGCUUACCCGGACCUCCCCCGGAUUUCAUACCAAGCAACGACGAUUCACUGUCCUCGGACGGUCAUUCUAUCACUGACCCCUUCCACCAGCAGUCCGACCUGAGUGAGGAUGAUGCGGAAGGGCCCGAUGAAGUAUGCUGUCCGUUGUCCAACCCAACUGUUGUCUCGUCGUUUCCCAGUGGAGAUCUUCCGCGACAUCCGCAAUCGGGCCUACCCUCUACCCCUCCAGCAUCAACGACCAUCACCGCACCGUCCGCAGGACAACUAGCGAGACCAAAUACUCACUAUCACUUCUUGGGACAGGAGAAUCAGAGAAUAUCUCGCGACAACGGGUCCGUCGUUAGCUCAGAUGCUUCUGUCCGAUCGUUGACGCCUCACGGAGGCCGUACUUCAAACAGUAGCACCACGGAUAUGUCUCAAGCUCCGACACAUCCAGGCAUUACAACCAUCUCAGUAACUGGUAGAGAAGUCAGGCCUCUUGCGAGUCGUUCAAGUAACAGGAUUCCCCCGCCUCCACCUAAAAGUCACCAUGGGAGAUUGAUUAGUACCAGCUCUAGCACAACACCCUCUCGCUCUCACCCAGCACCGAGCAAAUCUGCAAACCGUUUCUCCUUCCACGGCUCCUCUUCAGAGGCCUCACUUUCACCGACACCAUCUCAAGUCGAUGCAGGGCACUUUAAUGAGAUGGGUGGAAACCCGCCUGAGAAAUCCGCUGAACAUCUCCGACGCAGCCAAUCUCAACACAAACGACCCCCAACUCCACCGCUUGCUCGGCGGCACAGCCAGAUGAGGCGGUCCAAAACCAUGCUGUCCAAACCAAACAUAGCCCGAUUAUCGAUGCCCCCUAUGAAAGUGGGUUCUACGACCGAAUCGCCUCCCCCGAGUCCAGAAUCCUGGUCAUUUCAGCAGCCCCGGACUCGAGAGGCCCGACUUGACGCACCGUCAUCUGAGGAGAACGCACCCAGGCCCCCCCCUUACACGCAGACUUCAGACUCGAGGUCAUCCACAUCAGCGACGGAAACGUCCACCUCCACUUCUCUAUCCAACCCUAGGGCGCCUCUGACUAAACGAGUAUCGCAACACAAUCCUAUGCCGCCCCCGCCACCUCCCCGGCGCACGCGAGGGUCCAGUAAUCACAGCAGUGAAGGUACCCACUCUACGAGUCUUCGUCCAGAGAAACGGACCGACGAGAACGAUGGAUUUACGCCCCUACCUUCGAAUGCCAAAGAUAUUCUGGCUGAUCUGACGCGCCUGCAAAAAGAGGUGGAUGAUCUUCGUGGCCAUUAUGAGAGCCGCAAGGUCAGCCAGUAA